ACAGACAGAUUCAGACAGAGAGACAGACAGAGCUGUUUCAGAGAGAGGUGGGACGCUGAAGACAGAAAAAUGUCUUUUUUUGAUUUCUGGAGCAGCACGAAGGAGAGAGGCGCGCUGGUGAGGAGAGCCAAUCAGCUGAGGCUGAAUCCUUCACAGCUAACCCUGCUGCUAGGUGACAACAAGAUCCGGGCGGCACUGCAGGAUGACAGCAUGGUGUCUCUGCUGCCACCUGUGGGUACGGAGGUCUUCAGACGCUUCACAACAGCCUCACAGGAAGUCCAACAACAACAUGUAGCUGAGGCAAAGGAGCGAAAGACAUGGAAGGACAAAUGGGUAACUGAGAAAAACCUGCCCAAACCAGCUGCUCACCUGGAGACUGGGAAGUCCCUCCCCUUAAUCUAUGGGGACCCACCCCCUCAGCUUCUCAACACCCCAUUGGAGGAUCUAGAUCCCUUCUACCAAUCACGGAAGACCUUCGUGGUUCUCAGUAAAGGAAACAUCAUUAACAGGUUUAGUGCUGACUCGUCUUGUUACCUGCUGAGUCCAUUCUACCCGCUGAGGACCCUCGCUAUCAAGACCCUUCUUCAUCCUUUCUUCAGUAUAUUCAUCCUACUGGCGAUCCUGAGCUUAGGUGUUCUGCGGUUCAACUUUCCUGUAAUGAACUACGUGUACAUGGCCAUCUUCAUCUUUGAGGCUCUGGUGAAAAUCGUGGCGAGAGGCUUCUGUGUGGGACUCUUCACCUUCCUCAGAGAUCCCUGGAACUGGCUGGACAUCAUCAUCAUCAGCACCCUAUUGGUGUCACAGUUCAUAGAUUUGGGGAAGUUUGCUGUGCUGAUGACGAUUUCUCUGCUGCUGAAGAGCUUCACAUGCAGCCAAGGUCUGAAGAAGACGGUCGAAGCUCUUGUCCAAUCGGUGAAGAGGCUUGAUUGUGUCAUCAUCCUGACGGUGUUCUGCCUGAGCAUCUUGGCUAUGAUUGGUUUACAGCUCUUCAUGGGAACCCUGAAAUAUAAAUGUGUCAUCUGGUCGAUGAACACAAACACGACAGAAUUCGAUUUCCACAACCACACCACCUCUCCAGAAAACUAUUACUACAUUCCUGGACAUCCUGAUCCUCUGGUGUGUGGAAACCAGUCAGACGCUGAGCGCUGUCCAGAUGGUUUCAACUGUGUGAAAGCAGGAAGUAACCCAAACUUCGGAUACACCAGCUACGACUCGUUUUUCUGGUCUCUGAUGUCACUUUUCAGACUCAUGAUGCAUGACUUCUGGGAAGGCCUGAUGCAGUUGACGUUGCGAGCUGCAGGAAAAUCCUAUCUGAUCGUCUUUCUGCUCGUCUUCUUCCCGGGUUGUUUCUUCAUGCUCAGUCUCAUUUUGGCGGUGGUUGUCAUGACACGAGCAGAGCAAGAAGAGGCUCAAGGUGCCGAGGCCAUACAAAGAGAAGAGGAGUUCGGACGGAUUGUGGAGGUGCUGAAGAGGCGAGAGGAGGAGGAGGAGCAGGCUUCCAGCAGGGCAGAGACUCCAGAGCAACAGGACUCACUGCAGAAGAAGAAACCAGCUGCCGGUAUACGAGCUACCAAGCAAGAACACGUUGAAGAGGCAGAGGAGCACCACCGGCCUUUGUGCUGCACCUGCACUGACGCCUUCCUGAAGGGGGACUGUUGUGGCUGCUGGCGAUGGCUCAAACAGCAGUUUCACACCUUUAUCACGAACCCUUUCUUUGACCUGGUCAUCAUCAGCUGCAUCAUUGUUAGCACCAUCAUCACAGCCAUUGAACAUUACCCUAUGAUGGUGGAGUUCAUGGAGACCCUGGUCAUCGCUCAUCUGGUCUUCCAUGGGAUCUUUGCUGCUGAGAUGAUCAUCAAACUUGUUGCACUGGGCCUGCAUGGAUACUUCCAGGUGCGCUGGCAUAUCUUCGACUUUAUCCUCGUCAUCAUUUCUCUGGUGCACCUGGGACUGGCUGACGUUGAGGGUCUAUCUUUGCUGCGCAGUUUUCUUCCAUUCCGAGUGUUUAGGCUGGCCCGUUGGUGGCCGAUGCUCCACAUGUUUUUGAAGAUCGUCUGGGCCUCAGUGGGGAACCUGACUCUGGUUCUAUUCAUCACGGUCUUCAUGUUCUCUGUGGCGGGUGUGCAGCUGUUCCAGUCGGACUACAAAGCUAACGUCUGUCGCAUUUCUUAUGACUGCCAGCUUCCUCGUUGGCAUAUGGAAGACUUUUUCCACACCUUCAUGCUCGUCUUCAGGGUCUUGUGUGGACAGUGUUUAGAGUAUUUAUGGGACUGCAUGGAGGUCUCGAAUGAUGGCGUGUGUGUGACCUUCUUCAUGAUUGUCCUGAUUGUUGGAAAGCUGCUGAUCCUACAUCUGUUCCUGAAUUUAUUGUUCAUCAAUGAUCAGCUGGUGGAUUCAGAAGACAAAACAACAAACACCCUGCAGAGAACCAUGAAACAGACCAGAACCUGGAUCCCCAAGAGUAUCUGGACUUUGUGGGAGAAGAACUACGCUGACCAAGAUCACAAAGGUGAAACUAAGAAAGACAACAAGGAGGAGUAUCUGGCCUUAAGCUCUGUGAGCUCAGACCAGCUGACCCUCGAUGAUAACCACACAAACAUGGCCGCCUGGGAGGCCCCCGUCGCUGUGGCUGAGAUUGAGUUUAGGACGCCUGAAAAUACACAAGAAAAGGAGACGCAGCAUUGUGACGUCAUGCAGAAACUUAAAGAUGAAACUCAUCCAGAACCUGAGGACUGCUGCUGCAACAGGUGUUACAUCUGCUGUCCGUUCCUGGAAAUAGACACAUCCCGGGGUACCGGCAGGGUCUGGUCUAACUUCAGGAGAGCCUGCCUCUGCAUCGUGCAACACAAAUUCUUUGAGGGCUUCAUCGUCUUCAUCAUCCUGCUGAGCUGUGCAGCUCUGGUUUUUGAGGACAUCUACCUGGAGCAUCGUCCAGUCUUGCAGAGAGUUUUGAAGAUGGCAGACCUGGUGUUCACCUUCGUGUUUCUGGUGGAGAUGCUACUGAAGUGGAUCGCUUUUGGAUUCAAGAAAUACUUCACAAGCUUCUGGUGUUGGCUCGACUUCCUCAUCCUAGAUGUGACUCUGUUCUCCCUGAUGGGCAACAUGCUUGGAUACACCAGCCGGCCUCUGAGAGCUCUGAGGACUCUGAGGGUCCCGUCUCGCUUCAAGGGCAUGAGGGUGGUGCUGAAGGUACUUGCCGUGACGCUGCCCUCCAUGUUCAGCAUGCUGCUGGUGAUUCUGGUCAUCUGGCUUUUCUUCAGUGUGAUAGGAGUGAAUCUGUUUGCAGGAAAGUUUUAUUACUGUUACAACGAGACAUCAGAGGAGAUUUUCUCCUUUUACGUGGUGAACAACAAGACUGAAUGCUUUUCACUGAUGGUUAUGAAUUUCUCUGAGGUCAACUGGAAGACGUGGACGUUUAAUUUUGACAAUGUGGGGAUGGGUUUCCUGUCGCUGCUGAUCAUGGGGACAUCUUCAGGCUGGAUGGACAUCAUGUAUGCAGCUGUGGACUCCACACAAGUGGAAGACCAGCCACGCUACGAGAUCAAUGUGUACAUGUACAUGUACUUCAUCUGUUUCAUUAUCAUCGGCUGCUUCUUUACGUUGAACCUCUUCAUUAGAGUCAUCAUUGAUACGAUCCACCAGCAGAGACACAAGUUCGGAGGGAAACAUGUUUUCGUGACGGACCAGCAGCAGAAAUAUUUAAACACCAUAAAGAAACGAUUCUCUGAAAAACGCAACAACACCAUUCCACGACCUCAGCAUUGCUGCCUGGCUUGGCUGUUUCACCUGGUCACCGCUCUGUAUUUUGAGAUCUUCAUGGUGGUGGUGAUCUUCUUCAACAUGGUGGUUCUAAUGGUGGAGACUGAUGAUCAGAGUAUGGAGAAGUCACAUGUCCUGCACUGGAUCCAUUUCAUCCUUGUGGCCAUCUUCCUUGUUGAGUUUAUCCUGAAGAUCAUUGCACUCAGACAGCAUUACUUCAGAAAUGGCUUGCACAUUGUGGACUUUGUGGUUCUCACUUUGUCCAUUAUAGGUCUCUUGUUAUCUGAUAUCUUCGAAAAAUAUUUCGGUAGCCCCUCGCUCUUUUCUGUUAUGCGAUUGGGUCGUUUGUUCGCCUUGUGUGGACCAUUCCAUCACAUUCGGUUUGCCAGAAGGAUCUGGAUGCUGAUUAUGGGCUUUGUGAUGUCACUUCCUGCCCUUUUCAACAUCGGCCUGCUCUUCUUCCUCAUUGUGUACACAUUCUCCAUCAUUGGGAUGUUUAACUUUGCCUACGUGAAGAAUGAGAUGAUGAUCGAUGACAUGUUUAACUUCAAGACAUUUGGAAACAGCAUCAUCAGCAUGACUAUGAUCACCACGUCCUCGGGGUGGGACAGCCUAUUGAGUCUCAUCAUGAACACGCCUCCAGACUGCGACCUGCGAUUACCUGACCCUGGUAACUGUGCCAACCCGACGGUGGGGAUUGUUUUCUUCAGCUCCUACAUCCUCCUCUUCUGCCUGCUGGUGAUUCAUCUGUUCAUCGUUGUCAUCCUGGAGCUCUUCAACACAGCGAGCCCUGAGGACGCUGAGAUGCUGAGUGAUGAUCACCUCCAGAUGUUUUAUGAAACCUGGAGGAAAUUUGACCCCAGUGGCUCGCAGGUCAUACAGUACAGUGAGCUGGCAGACUUCUGUGAUGGUCUCCAGGAUCCUUUGAGGAUUCCCAAACCAAACACCAUAAAACUGACCCACUUGAAUCUGCCUCUGCUUCCUGGAGACCAGAUCAGCUGUUUGGAUGUUCUGCGCACAAUUACUACACAGGUGUUUGAUGAACCAGCAGAGGUGGAUGCCCUCAAAGCCAAACUGGAUGAAAUAGUCAGGAUUCACAGCCAGGGGUCACGUGAACCAACCACCACCUCACCAGCACAGGAGGAGACAGACAUGAUCCAGAAACAUGUGCAAGGUGGAGAUACUGAGCGAACGCUAGUCCAGGCUGUGGGUGGAGAAUUACAGUGAGAUGAGAACCUACUUCAUCCUCUUCAGUGACACCAGAUCAGAGCAAAAUAUGUAGGAAAAAUGUGCAAGUGUGCUUCUUCUCAUUCUCGAUGAUGCCAAAGAUUUUUCCCUUCUGACAGAUCGGUUUGUGUGGGGGCAAUUACCUGAGACCCACAUAAACACCAGUUAUUUUACUAACACUUAUUAUCAGUUAUUAUUGUGACAAGAAUACAACCAGUUCUGCGUAUACGAACAAACAUUAUGUUAAACUGUGUAACUACAACAGUAAAACUACCCAAGAGAGGAGAAGAAGGAGCUGAAGCUGAUUUGAUUACAUUACGAACUUUGAUUAUAUGAUUUAUAGUGAAAUAAAAAAUAUUUCCAUUCAUCCAUCCAUCUGUCCAUACUCUACCGCGCGUCCUCCCUGCCCAAACCUCAGCCGAGAACAUUUCUGAAACCUGAGAGCGCUGCGUCAGUUUUCUGGACUUGCUGAAGCCCGUGCUCCAGCUCCACCCACGGUUUGCCUGGUUUGAAACAAAACUUUUAUUCUUCUGGACUUUUUCAGUUCCUGUGAUCUGGAUUUUCUGUGACUGAGACGUGUCUUGAUGAGUCCAGUGCUAUAUCUGAACUUUUACCAGUGGAUUAAAUUACCAGUGGACCUAUUUUAACUGACCAUGGACAUCAGGCAGAGGUGGAGGCACAGUGACUGUUUACAAAAAGGAUUACAAAUGGAAGCAGUGUUUUCUACAGCCUUCGUUCUCCAGCUUUGAACUUACCUCGUUUGAGGUAAUUAUUUGCAAUAAUUUUCGGAACUUUUUUCUUAAAAAGGUUGUCACCACCAGGGCUCUGAUCACAGCUCCUGACUCUGACCCCUCUGUCUCUGACCCUCGCACUGCUGUUUUUACUCAGUUUGAUUUUGUGAUGCUCUCCGCUUUAGAGGAUGUGGUCCGCCAUAUAAGACCCGCAGGUUCCCCUCGGGAUACUUUCCCUCCACAAAGACAUUUUUCCUAGUAUAGGACAGUAUGUCCUUGACAUUAUUAACAGCAGACUGUCUUCUGGUGUGGUUCCUGCAAAUUUCAAACAUGCAGUAGUGCAGCCACUGCUUAAGAAACCUGGCCUUGAUCACACAGUUUUAGCAAACUAUAGGCCUAUUUCCAAGCUGCCUUUACUUUCCAACGUUUUAGAGAAAAUUGUUUUUUGUCAACUGAAGUAUUUUCUAGAUGAAAACAGUAUCCAUCCUUAGAAGGCAUGGGAUCUCUUUUCAUUGUUACGCUGAUGACUGCCAAAUUUAUUUGCCACUAAAGCAGAAGGAUGCCCUCUCCAUUAAACCUCUCUUGGCAUUUCUAGAUAACAGUAAAACCUGGUUGGCCUUAAAUUUAUUAUUAUUAUUUUAAAUAAUAAUAUUUUAAACCUGUUAUUACUGACAGCCAAAUUAGAGCAGUGAAGUCCAUUUUUUUAUCAUGUAAGGCGACUGGCAGGAGUGAAAUCUUUUCUUUCUGGGCAGCACACUGAUCCAUGCUUUUAUUUUAUCCUGUCUGGACAACUGUAACUCCCUUUAUGUGAGGGUCAGGCAGUCGUUGCUCUCACGUCUGCAGCUGGUUCAAAAUGCCACUGCAUAAAAUGCAUCAUCACAUAGUCACCAGUUAACAAUAUACACCUGAGGCACCUGAGGCUACAGUCUAUCCUGUUGAUUAGCACACACGUAUGAUCUUUCGUUCACGUUUUCUGACUUUCUGACUUUAGGAUUUUAAGUUGUUUAAGUUAAAACUUCAAAAUAACUGCCUGUGGGCAUUUCCAAAUGGACUUUAGUUUAACUAAUGUGUUUCUCAAAACGUUCAAAUGUUUAAUUUCUUUCUCAGAAUUUUAUUGUCUUUGUCCUUCAAACGCUCCUCAGUAACAGAACAUAUGGCAGUGUACUUUUCUGGUCCCAGUGUGCUCAUGCGGUAUGUCAUCACGUAGUCUACUAACACAACUCACCUUCAGGAAGUAUCCAAUCUGAUUAUAUGAAUAACACCUACAUAGCAGACUGCGUGAUUAUUCGAUUGAUUGGUUAUUCUUCAUGUAACUGUUGCUUUUUUGUGUCUGUUGUGAACCAUCGUGUUAUAUAAUAAUGUUAAUAAAGGUACUCGCGCAUAUAAAAUAUUCUAAUAUACUAAUAAUAAGCAUUUGUAUUUUUCUACAUUUACAUGUAUUUUUAAAAAAUGUUUGUAAACACAAGUCUAACUCACAAUAAACACAUGCAUAUG